AUGGCGGCGGCGAAGGUGCUCCUGCCGUCCUCCGCCGCUCUCGUCAUCCUCUUCCUCGUCCUGCCCUCCAGCGCCGCCUCCGGCACCGCCGAUGGGUCGGAGGAGUGGGGAUAUGUGGAAGUCCGACCGAAGGCGCACAUGUUCUGGUGCCUGUACCGCAGCCCCCAACGCGUGGAAAACGGCACGGCGCCAUGGCCGACCGUGCUGUGGCUGCAGGGCGGCCCGGGCGCAUCGGGGACGGGCUACGGCAACUUCAUGGAGAUCGGGCCGCUGGACGCGGACCUCAAGCCCCGCGCCACCACCUGGCUCAGCAAGGCCGACCUCCUCUUCGUCGACAACCCCGUGGGCACGGGGUUCAGCUUCGUGGAGGGCCGCAACAGAAGCCUGAUGGCGCGCACGGACGCCCAGGCGGGCGGCGACCUGACGGCGCUACUCAUCGAGCUCUACCGCCACAAGACGUGGCUGCAGGGGAGCCCGCUCUACAUCGGUGCGAUUCCUGUAGUGGUGGCCGAGUCCUACGGCGGCAAGUUCGCCGUCACCACCGCCCUCGCCGCGCUCAAGGCCAUCCGCCAAGGACGCCUCCACGCCAAGCUUGGCGGUGUGGCCCUCGGGGAUAGCUGGAUUUCACCCGAGGACUCCGUGUUGUCGUGGGGGCCGUUACUGUACCAGCUGUCCCGGAUCGACGAGAAGGGGCUGCAGCAAUGCAACAGCCUGGCGCAGCAGAUCAAGGCGCAGCUCAAGGCGAAGCAGUACGCGGCGGCCGAGAAGUCAUGGGAGAAGCUCGAGUCUGCCGUCCACCAGCACAGCAACAACGUCAACUUCUACAACAUCCUCAAGGACAACUCAGCGACGGACGCGGCGGCUGUGAGAAAGGUGGGGUACACGAGCUACCUGAGCUCCAAGGCGACGAGGGAAGGCGGCCUGGACGGCCUCAUGAACGCCGAGGUGAAGGCCAAGCUCGGCGUCGUCCCCCAAAACUUCACCUGGGGAGAGCAGGCGGGCGACGUGUUCGAGGCCCUCAGAGGCGACUUCAUGAAUCCUAGAAUCCACGAGGUUGACGAGCUCCUGAAACUUGGCGUGGAGGUGACCAUCUACAGCGGAGGGACGCGGAUUUUUACAGCUCAGCUCGAUCUCAUCUGCGCAACCAAGGGAACACUGGACUGGGUCCAGAAGCUCAAGUGGGAAGGCCUGAAGAAGUUCACGGACGCGCCCAGAAAGCCGGUCUACUGCAAGGUGGGUGAGGCGGCCGGCACCCAGGCCUUCGUCAAGUCGUACAAGAACCUGAAAUUCUAUUGGAUACUCGGAUCCGGGCACAUGGUACCGAUCGACAACCCUUGUCCUGCACUCGAGAUGCUGGGUGACAUUACACAUUCUCCUGCUGGGUAGAA